AUGAAGUCUAACAAACACAGUCCGGAUGGAACGCAGUUGAGGACGGAACAGGCAAUAGGUCUCUUCAAUGAGCUGUGGCGUGCGUCCGGCCCGGGGACGAAUACCAGGUCGAUCGAGACGGAGAACAGACUCAAGCCCUCGACCGGUCGAGACUCGGCCUCGACCCGGGAUACGACUCACAACUCCAGCAUCUUCGAAGACGCCUCCUCCCAAGAUCGGGUUUCGGAACAAACAUCUUCACCUUUAACCGGUGCUCCGCGAGCACCCGGACUCGGUUCCCUAACCUCCAUGCUCAUGGUCGGUCCCCAUCUGCCGACUCGACAAGAACUUACGACAAACAGGCAACCUAUGGUCUGCAUGCUCUACACUCCGCCUAGCUUGAAACCCAGUUUCGAUGGACUCCAAUGCUAUGAACGCUUUAGGGCACCCGUCAUCCAAGCCCUUCCGGAACAAGCUCGGAAUAAAUUAACCAGGAGCACAGCAAAUAGGAGCACAGCAAAUAGGAGCACGGAACGGCGUACACCAUUCCGCAACUUCCUCAGUCGAUUCUUCAAGCCACAAACCAUCCCGAGAGCAAUGACUAACCGAGGAAUGGCAGCCCGAGGAGUUGGUGGCCCUUUCGCUGGCGGCUUGCUCGGCAGCGCCUCCGUCCCCGUGUUAGGUUGGCAUCUGCCGCAGAUGACUCAAAUCAGCCAUGGUGUGGUUGAUGGUGCGACCAGGACGGACCGUGUGGCCAUUGGAUAUCCUGUGGGUGGUCACCAGGGUGGUCACCAGGGUGGUCACCAGGGUGGUCAGGUGGUGGUGGGCACUGGUACGAUGGGCGGUCAAUCGAGGCCGUUAGCGGAGAUCAGGGCGAGAGAGGCGGCAGUAGAUGAACAUGUGUUAUUCCUGGAACGGAAGAUUGGGGAGUGUAAGCGGUUAGCUCUUGAGGAGUUGAAGAAGACAGAGGCUCUUGAAAACCAGGCGGUGGCUGACGCGGCACGAUUUGACGCCAUCCUGACGGAGUGGGAAAGGUGUGCCGCCGAGGCGCAUAGUCGCUAUGCUGAGGCGCAGACGGACAUAGGAAACGCUGUCAUGUUACAGCAGGCACUAGAACGCGCCCGAGACGAACAAGCGGUUGUCCGUGCCGAGUGGGAACGAAAGGUGGCUGAACAAAAACGCCAAGCUAAGGCUAUGCACGAACUUGAACAAGAACUUAAACAUGAAGCAGCCAAACAAGGAGAGCAAGACACCAUACGACAGCUCCAUGCAGAGGUACGCGAAGAAGUCAAGGAGCAGACAGAACAGGCGGAGCGCAAGCACAAAAAGAAAAAAAAGAAAAGUCAUGCUCAGUCGGAUGACGCAACUCUGAUAAUCCUAGACACGGCAGUAGACGUUCCUAUCCGCUCAGCUUCUCCCAUCCGCUCAGCUUCUCCCAUGCGCUCACCUUCUCCCAUCCGCUCAGCUUCUCCCAUGCGCUCACCUUCUCCUGCCCCGCAGCCAGACUUCAUCCUCGUGCAGGCCGUAGAGGAAGAGGCACCUGAGACUAAACCGGCCGAAGCAGAGGCAGGACAUCCCAUAGAAACAGCCCAGACAGCUGCUAACCCAACAGCCGCUAAUCAAACAGCAGAGACCGAGAUAGCGGAGCGUUUGGUCCACGAAUUGUUGGGUGACGUCCUACUCAGAACCGAUGGUGGACCGGACAAAGAAACCAUCGCAGGCGGUUUCGAAAGCCUCAGCACCGACCAGCCGCCAGACAUCACCGUACUCGACAUCAAACCCGUCCUCCUGGCCGCAAGCAAACCCUCCGUCAGCCCUGGCCCUCUCGUGGCCGAUGCGUCAGACAUCCACGAAGGACGCCCCAACCAUGUCGGUGAAAACGAACAUGCCGGUGAAAACGGCAGUGUCAAUACAAACCACCGCUCAGAUGAAAAUGACGACGAUCUGAAAGAUCAAGGCAACUCCGCACCAACCCACGUUGAGGACGACCCAGUACCCGCCGAAACAUCGGAUCUGUAG